UCAUUUGUGGACAUGUAGAGCGCCGGCGCGGCGUACGGCCGCCGGGCGAGUCCACUCGCCACUCGCCAGUCCGCCUGCGGCGCGCGCGCUCGUUGUAUCGCUCGCUACUGCUUGCUCCCGCGCCAUGCCCAACGACGACGGCUCCGAGCGCGGCCUGGCCGCGUGGAUACGCCGUUGGUGGCGGCCGCUCAUCGCGGAGACGGUGGCGACGGCGCUGCUCGUGUCGCUGGGCGUGGCCUCGCUGCUGCCCGUCGGCGGCAAGGAGCCCCCGCUCACGCACGCGGCCUUCGCUUUCGGCAUCGUCGUGCUCGCCAACGUCGAAGCCUUCGGACCCACCUCCGGAGCCCACAUGAACCCGUCCGUGACGUUGGCGGCGCUGCUGGACGGGCGGAUAGGGCCGGUCGCGGCCGCCGCGUACGUGGUCGCCCAGAGCUUCGGCGCCACGAUCGGGUUCGGCCUGCUGAUGGCGCUGUGCCCGGACGCCUUCGCCGCGGGCGGGCACGUGGGCGGCAACGCGCCGGGCUCGGUGGGCGCGGCGGCGGCGGCGGGCGUGGAGGCGCUGCUGACGGCCGUGCUGGCGCUGCUGUGCUGCGCCGCCUGGGCCGCGGCCGAGCGCGGCGCGCGCGACCCCGCCCUCUCCAUCAAGCUCGGCCUCACCGUCGCGGGGCUCGUCUAUGCGGGGGGAGUUAUGUCGAGCGCAAGUCUGAACCCCGCGCGCAGUCUGGGACCGGCGCUCCUGGUGGGCUUCCGGUCGGACCACUGGGUGUACUGGGCGGGCCCGCUGGGCGGCGCGGCGCUGGGCGCGCUGCUGCACCGCUACGUGCUGCGGCCGCCGCGCGCCGCUGCGUCGCGCUCCGAGGAACUGCCGCUGAACGACAAGGGCGACCGCUAGCGACCUCUAGCGACCGCUGGUGACCUCUAGCGACCACUAGCGAAAGCUACUGACCGGUAGCGACCACUAGUGACCUCUAGCGACGCACUCCACAGCUCCGAAUCUCGAAAAACGCCUACACCCUCUCUAAUGUACAGGAAAUUGUAAUACUCUUUAUUUAAGCACGAGUAAAUGAGGUCAUCGAUCGUUAGCGACGAGUACGUUCUUGGCCAUUAUCGUUUACAAUGGACCAUAAAUAUAUUAAUUACUUUA